UGUUAUAUUUAGAUUCAAUUAAUUGUUAAGUAUUUAUGUAUUAUUAUUAUUUAGUUUAUUUAAAUAGUUGAUUUAUGGAAUCAAAUCAAGAAUGCGAGAUUUGUGGGUGCAAAGAAUUCAUUGUAGAUGCUGGUUUUUAUUAUUGUCAAGAAUGUGGAACAAGAGCUAAGGAGAUUCAAGAAAUUCAAUAUGAAUUAUCACAAGGAAUUAGCACCGCCCGCGUUCAUGGCAAAAAAAUUAAGAAAUCUUCAUCUACCAAGAGCAAGGAAUACAAACUUACCUCCUGGGAAAUUUAUAAUUAUGUACUCAUCGGCCUUGUUGAUGAAUUACAAAAACUUGGAGCAUCAGAAGAAUUCAAAAAGACUACAUUGCAACUGUGGACUUCUUACCUGACAAGUAUAGAUGUAGCAUUUACAUCUACAAAAAAGAAUCUUGUCCCUAAAUUACCUUUCACUUUUAAAAACGAUGAUGCAGAAAUCUUAUAUGGUAGAGUUCGAAGGAAAAGAAAACGAAAAUCGGCCAAUUUGGAAACAUCUUCAGUAAGCUUGGACAUUACUAGUUUAGAUGCUUCUUUGGCAUCAAAACAAAGAAGGCUUGAAAAUAAAGCAUUGAUUGAAGCUGAAUAUGAAGCAAUAGCUGGUACACAACAAUCUGAUACCAAUUCCGUUUUCAACUCAAGCUUCCAUACUACAAAAUCUACAACAUCUGUAACAUCAAAUGGUUCAGUGAAAUACAAUUCUUUGGCUCGAAAAGAAUAUAUGAAGAAAAUGACUGGUAAGCAUUUUAAUAAACAUGCUAAUGAUCAAUAUUCUGAAAUGAAAUGCCAUAGAAGUAGACCUUCAGAACAGUAUUUAAAAAGUGCUACUUUUGUUACCCGAAGUUCUUUAUGGGCAAUAUUAUAUCUUGCACUAAAUAUCUCAGGAGAAAAAAUUCAAUUGGGCGAUAUGAUUAGAUAUUGUCGAGAGGGUCACAUAUCUUACUUUAACUUAAAGCAUUUCAUACCAGAAGAAUAUUUAUCAGAAAAUCAAAAUAAUGAUUUACUCGAAAAUGCCAAAUAUAAAGUACCUUGUCACAAACAAGUGCGCACAGUUGCAUAUAAAAUUGCAAAAAUGAUCAAAGUAAAAAAUUUAAAUAAACCAAAUUUGUAUACACUUUGUGAUAGAUAUUGUUCUGAAUUAGAGCUACCCUCCUUUGUGGCUGAAUGUGCUGAAAAAUUAUCAUUUUCAAAUGUUAAUGAAUUCACAGAUAAGUUAUCUGAAAAUGGCCCUAUAUCAAAUUAUGAAGGUCGAGCCAUGGCUUACAUUAUUCUCAUAUUGAAAUUAAUUUUUGGACUUGAUGAUCAUACAGAAUAUGUGAUAAGUGAGAAAGUUAAUGUAUUAAAUAAUGUGUUUAAAGAGAUUGAUGAAAAUCAUACGCCAAUUUUCUCAUGGGAACAUUGGUCUUGUUUUAUAGAGUAUCGCAAGUUGUUAAUAUCACAAAAACAAUUACCCUCACAUUUGAACUCUAAUACUCAUGCAAAUAGUAAGAUGUUUGUGACUUUAUGGAAUAAACUUAAAUGCUCAGAUGAAUUAACUGAUUCAAAGACUGAACAAUUGAUGACUGUUAUGAAAAAAAUAUUUUCGGAUCUAAAAGAUUUACAAUGUGAUAAGUUUAAUGAUGUUUUGAUUUUUGAACCUUCACUGACACCAUAUAAAGAUUAUUUUAACGUUAUUUUAGAAAUUUGUAAAGAUAUUGUUCUUCCAGAGAAUGUAAUCUGUAAACAUAGACAAUUCGAUUUUAGCUUCUUUAUAAAUGGAAGCAAAAAUCAAAUAAAUUUAUCUGAUGAUAAUGUCACAUUAAGAUUUAAAAAUAAAAGUUCUAAUAAAAAUUUGCAUAUAUGGAAUGCCAAUGAAGAAAUUGAGUAUAAGUAUGACAAAAGCUACAUUCAUAAGUUGAACAGACACGAAAUUGUAAAUAUACAUCCUAUAGGUUCUAUGGAAUGGAAGAUAAAACUGGAUAACAAAUUCAGAAAAAUUAAUGACUGUGAUAAUAAUGCUGAUCAAGCAAAACGGAGAUCCCUUGGUUUAAUAAAAGAAUUUCAAGAUAUUCAAACUAUGAAACAUGAAUCAAAUCAAGAAAUAGAAGCUAUAAAAUGUGCCAAAUUUGGUGGUUCAGUGGAUGUGAAGGAGUUUCAAAAUGUUAUAAUUGAAAAGACCAAAUUUCCUGACAAAUCAUUAGAUGAAAGAUGUAAAAAAUUCAAAAACAUUCAUUCAAAGCUUUUACUUUAUAAAGACAAAUAUAAAAAAAUUACAUCUGGUGUUUGUGAGGGACGAAAGAAAUGGUUUAUGUCACCAAAAGUAUAUAAUCCUUUGCUUGAUGAGCAAACUUUGAGGCUUGGGCAGAAAAUAUUGCCAGAUAUCAUACACAAUUCUUCUCCAGAAAAAAAUUGUGGUGACCAUGUAAUCAACAUUCCUAGGCCAGUGUCACAUUAUUGGGUUAAUCAUUUUAGUAAUUCCGUACCUGUUACUAAUAUUUUAUUUGAGUCAAUGGAAACCAAGUUUUCAUCAACAUUUUCUUGGUUAUUAGAAGAAUGUGCAAGAGUAGUUGAAAUGUCCAAAUUUGAUUUGUAUAAUGAAUUAAUUGAAAUAGAACAACAACUUGGGUUAAUUCAAUUUCCAGAUCGAAAUCGCAAAACAAUUUGAAAACAGUCAUAAUCUUAAUUAUCAAAGUUAUGUAUUAAGAACUUUGCACUCUUUUUACUAUUGUACGAAGUAAUGUUCUUGAAGUAAUCUUACCAACAAAAUAUGCAAUACUCACAUAAAGUAAACACAUAUUAUUCUAAUUCAUUGAAAUAAAACAAUUAAUUUGAUGAAUAAAGAACUCUAUUUUGUAACAAAAUAUAACAAUUAUUGCUUUUUUGCAAUAUUAACAUAACAAAAUAAAUAAU